GAGGAGGCCCCGCCCACCAGCCCGAAGAGCCGCCGCAGCUUCCCGCCGUCCGGAGGCUGAUGGCGAGGCGGGAAGUUCGGCUGCUGGCGCUCGUGAGCGGGACGCUCCUGCUGCUGGUUCCGGUUCCGGUUCGGGGGUUCGAGCAGCUCCAGAAAGGAAGAAGCGAACCGUUCAACCGGACCGCAGAUGAGGAUGAUGAUCUAGACUAUGAUGACUACACAGACGAGUUCUCAGAGGAAGAUCAAGGUUUUGCCGUCAGUGAAGAUGGACUUCAGGAAGCUGAAGAUUCAAACAUCACCUUUUUUGAUGACAAAGGCGAGAUUUUCCGUGGCGUUGAAGGCGCUGCAGUCCUUGAGGACGACGUCCUCCUGGAAGCUGAAGACGACCAUGAUGAUGAUGAUGCUGAUGAUGAUGAUGAUGCUGACUACGACAGCUAUGACGAUGAGACUGAAGAGGCUAAAGGAGAAACCUCAGAGUCCUCGGGUCCUUUUGGUGUCCAGCAGGGCGGCGCCGUUUCUGAGCGUCUGGACUCCAUAGACGGCGAGUACGCCGUCCUGUUUGUGGACACCCGUCCCCGGUCCUGGACGGGCUGCACGACGGCGGGUCUGGACGGGCUGGUGGUGGCGUGCACCACAGAAGGAUUCAGGAUCACCUUCCCCCCCGGCCUGCUGACCGAGGUUCAAGUCCUGGGUUCCACUAACACGUCUGCCCAGCAGGCGCCGGCGCCCUGCGGUUACCGCGUCGACCACCUGCAGAACACCUUGACGGUACCGUUCAGUGGGUGUCAGGUCAAAGAAGACGAAGACGUUUAUGUUCUGCAUCUGUUCAUCGACACGUCGAGUCCAGCCGAAGCUUUCGAUGCACUUUGUGUUGAAAGUUCCAAGUUUUUAUCGGGACAGUUUCCUCGUUUGUCCACCAAAGAUCCCGACUGCAGGAAGGGGAGUCGGAGUCCGCCAGCCAAACCCCCCAAAUGCUUUCAUCAGAGCACGGCGCCGGCGAUGCCGUUCAGAGCAUCAAACGCCAAAUCCAGAGGGAGCCCUCAGCGGAGCAGUGCUGCCCCCCAGAGGAGUCUCCUGAGCGCUGCGCCGGUGACCCCGGCGACCCCGGCGCCCCCGGCCGCUCCGGUGACCCCGGCGACCCCGGCGACCCCGGCCGCUCCGGCGACCCCGGCCGCUCCGGUGACCCCGGUGACCCCGGCCGCUCUGGUGACCCCGGUCGCUCCGCUCCACUGUGCCGUGGACGUUCAGGAAAGGAUCCCGUGCGGUCCGCCUGGAACGUCGGCCUCCGUGUGUCGGGGGCGGGGCUGUUGUGUGGGCGGGUCCAAACCGUCCUGCUACUACCCUCUGGACGAGUGCACUGCAGACCAGCAUUUUGUGUUCGCCAUCCGGCAGCACGGCGCCGCGCUUCCGGUGGAGCCCAGGAACCUGUUUUUCCCCGGAAAGCCGCUCUGCAAGCCGACCAUCGUCAACGACGGCGUGGCCGUCUUUAAGGUCAAGUUCACAGACUGUGGAGCACAUUCCUACGACGUGGGCGACAUGAAGAUCUACCUCAUUGAAGUUCACACUGCAGUCCGUCCUCUGACCUUAAACUAUGGUGUUGUUACCAGAAGCGACCCGCUCAGGUUCUUGGUUGAGUGUCGCUUCAGGAAACACGGCGGCGCUCAUCGGCCGGUGACCGGCGCCGGCCUGAUGGUCCAGACCACGCUGUCUCCUCCAGCCGUCUCUGGGGGACUUCACGCCGUCCAGCUGAGAAUGUCUAAAGACCACACCUACUCCAGCUUCUUCUCCUCGUCCCAUCAGCCCUUGCGUCUCCUCCUGGGCCGCCCCGUGUAUCUGGAGCUGACUCUGCAGGCUCCUCCCCAUCCGGACGUGGUCAUGCUGCUCGACUACUGCCUGGCUUAUCCUCGCUCCGCGACCAACGCCAUGGUUCUCCUUUACGAGCGGUGCUCCGAUCCUGAUGAUCCAACUGUGUCCAUCCUGAGAGUUGAGGACUUUCUGGAUCGGCGCCAUCAGAGACGCUUGGUGGUGGACGCGUUUCGGUCCAUGACUCUGAAGACCGACGCGUACCUGGAUGAAGAGAUCCACUUCAUGUGCUCCACAGACGUCUGCGACCCAAAGGACAGGACAUGUGAGGAGCGCUGCUUUGACGCAGAGAUGAACCUCAAAGCUCGUAAACGUGUGAAUGAACGAUCGUCGUCUCUGAAGGAAACAUUCCCUCCGGUGGGAAAUAAAUAAACAUGUUUGUGUGAAAACACUCUGAGACUUUGUUGUUUCUGGCAGAAGAACAGGACGAUCCAAAACUUUUUAGGUUCUUCAGAAAGUGAGGAAGAACUUUUUCAGUGGAGGACGAAGGAACAAACAUGUUUCCGAAGGUCAACUUCUACAAAUGUUCACCAGAAGUUCCUUUGAGGGAUAAUAUCGGUGUUUUCAGAUCUUAAGAGAAGCAACACCUGAAACCAGGCGGAUUCUAGCAGGUUCUAACGUAGACGUGUGCAGCGGGUUCUGCUGGGUUCUGUGUAAAAUAAGUGUUUCUCUGAUCAACUGUGAUUUUGUUCAAUUCCAACAAAAUAAUUCCAAUAGUGGAAGCAGAAUGAGACUGAAUAGAUGGAAGGUAAUGACUGGUUCAUGACAUGAUUUCACCUGAACGUUGAAGCUCUUUAAGAUCGGAGUGAAACUGGUAAUCUGGUUGCUUUUCUAAACAAAUGUUUCAAACAUGUUCUCCAGUUAUUCCUUCUUAAUCGUCUCAUUAGUGAGGAGCUCAGCGCUUUAUUCUGCUCCUUGAUUGGUUUGAAUGAGGUUUGAAACGUGAACAUUAACUCUGAACACAAAGCUUUUAUGCUGAACCACAUGAAUAAAGGUGAGUCAAAGUAAUUCUCAUGUAAACGGGUCAUUAAUAAUAUUACCAGAGAGACUUCAUCACAGGAAUAACUCAGACUUUCUGAAUGCUCUUCAUUAGUAGUGAUGUCUGAUCAGACAAACUUCUGACCCUCAGAUCCUUUAACAGAUGCAAAGGAUCAUGGGUAGAGGUUUGGAUUCUUUUUUUUUUUUUAAUUCAAAAGACAAAGACAUGCAGUAAAUAAGAAAGAACAUCACUUAUCGAAGUAAAUACCAGGAGGGAUUACACACAGAAACAUGAUAUUAAACUGUAAAGCUGAGCAUAAUCACGUUUUAAUCACGUUUUUGUUUGUACUGGAGGAAAUGGAUGUAAAAUGUAAUUUAGGCCAAUAAAUACAAGAAAAGGAGUUCUGUUGUCAAAUGUAGUUUUUGAAUAUAAAACGUGGUUAAGAAUAUCCGAACAUUUAUUAAAUACAAUUGAGACAAAAGCUGAUCAUUAAAACCAAAUCAGAUGUGUUUCCAGUUACAAUCAAAUCUGGACACAUUUGAGUUUUCAUCAGAUUUUUUAAAAAAUUUCCACGUUAUCUCAACGUGCCUGAAAGUCCAAAAACAUUUUUUAAAUAAACUUUAUUGUAAUCAUCAGUUUCAGUAGAAAAAACUGAGCAAAAUAGACAUUAAAAGACACUGUACAUCUAUAAAAACAGGAUAAACCAAAAUAAAACGCCAGAGAUGGAAAAAAACAAACAAUAAAACAAA